UUCUCUCAUAUUUUCUUAGAUCAUAGAUUCUCGACUCACAUUGUUUGAGCGAUCAUAUUAUUUUUGUGGUGAAGCCAUGCAUGGUCCCCCAUUGUUUGAGUACAUUUAGCCAGCUUUCUGAUGCAACAAUGAUAAGAGACAUAAGAUGAUUUCGAGUUCAGAAAACGCAGAUUCUCCGACAAGACACAACGACGACGACAAGAAUGAAAGCAAGCUGAUCAACAAAGCUCCAUCGAGUUCGUCGGCGCCACCGUCACCAUGGUUGAGAUUGAAAGAUCCGAGGAUCGUACGUGUUUCGCGUACUUUUGGGGGAAAAGACAGGCACAGCAAAGUUUACACCAUACAAGGAUUGAGAGACCGAAGGGUAAGGCUGUCGGUUCCCACUGCAAUUCAAUUGUAUGAUAUUCAAGACAGGCUUGGACUUAAUCAACCUAGCAAGGUCGUUGAUUGGUUGCUUGAUGCUGCUAAGCAUGAUAUCGACGAACUCCCACCAUUGCCGGUGCUGCCGCCGGCCUGCUUUCUGAAUUCCGACGCCUUUUCGAGGGCUAAAUCGAAAGAAAUCUCUAGGGUUGCAAUUGGUGAUAAACGAGAAAAAUGUGGACCAAAUGAAGAUGAUCAUGGUGCACAAGCUUUAAACAAUACCGUACCAUCGUCUCAUUCAUAUCGCCAUUUGGAGCCUUCGAGUUUUCCUUCAUCAUCAUCAUCAUCACAUUUAGGAAGUCAUGGAAUUAUAGUACAUGCGCCCCAUUCAGAAGAAGCACACAAUUUCAAUGCCGUGGCGCCGCCAUUGCCAUCCGCAUUAUCUCUAUGUCCACCGCCACUAGGAGGCGGAACACCGCCUUUGUUUCCACCUCAUCCCGUGGAUCCUAGACAACAAAUAAACCAUUUUCAGAUGCCGAGCUCAGGUGCACAACAACAAAGCCUCCUGCUUAAUUCUCUCAACUUUCCACCGUUUUCAUCGGUAACCCAAUCCAUUACACCCUUCCAAUUGAUUUCUCCUAGGUUUCUCCAUAGCCAUCCAGAUAAUAAGGAACAGAACUUUCCUUCUAAAUGACAACAAAAUCAAGUACUAUAUGGGUAAUAAUAACAUUUAAGGGCCAACCGAAUGAGGCAUACGACAUAUUGUGUUUCUCUUAUGUUCCAUCUAGAAUGUAAGUUUUCUUAGGGUUUGUGUUUGAUUUUCAUAAUUUUUGGGUUUUCAAAUAUGUCGUAGAAUUGAAUGCUAUGCCGUUGGAUGUUGGAGUGAUUGAAAUUUAUAUUUGAUAUUGCAUGAAUAGUUUGAAGCAAUAUUAAAAUA